AUGAACGCCUGUGUGACCAGCGCAGCACCGGGUGCUGAUGCCCCUAGCGCAACGGCGGGCAGCGGCUUUGGUGAGUGUCAUCGUUGGCGCAAAUAUCUGCAGGCGGCUUCUGCAGUUUAUUCUGAGCUCGAGCGGGAACGUGCGGCAGGAUGGCAGUCGGAGGCGUUGGAUUGGUGGUACAGGCAGCGGCAAGACGGUACGACUGCCACACCUGCGACAUCGUUUGGUAACAGCGACAUCGUGAGGUUGUGUGAGCGGUACUGCGAGCAUGCCGGGCGUGUGCUUCUGCGGGCUGCGCCGGAAUUUUUUACCCCCUCGUCUCCGGCAAGACGUGACCCACCGUUGGAGAAAGCGGUAGAGGCGGAAGAAUGGAGUUCACCCACUUUUCUUGACCUUGGCUCUGCUCCUGGCGGUGUGUCAAAGUUUCUCGUGUCGGAGCUUCAUUGGCGUGGUGUGGGGGUAUCGCUUCCCGUCAGUCACGGCGGCAUCGCAUCCGACGUGUCAUGGCUGCAGUCACCAGCGGCGGCCGCGCGGUACGAGUUUAUUGAGGGAAGCAUUACGGAAAAUGACUGGCAUGAAUCUAUUAGAGGGCGGACGUUUGACUUCGUCAAUGGUGGAGCGGUGCAGGAUCACGGGCAGCGCAGCGCAGAGCGACGCUCACACGACACCGAGGCUGAUAGGAACAGGGCGGAGGUUAUUGUUAGCGGUGAGGUGCAGCCCGUACUGCCGUGGUUUAGUUUUCUUGUGCCGCAGCUUCGCUUUGCGGUGGAGCACGUUGAAGAGGGUGGUGCAAUCAUGCUCGUCUUCGGCGUCCCACAGUGUGCCAGUCUUUCUAUUCUGCUUGAGAAGCUGCAUCCACUCGUGCACGGAGGCAUUCACAUUCUGGAGACGAUGCACCUGACCAAGUCUCCCGUGUACGUCCUUCUCUGCGGUGUCCACGUCCGACGCGAUGCGGAGACGCGGGCUGCGUGGGACAGCGUCCUGGCACUGCUAACGCAAGGAAGCAAAGACUUUUGGUUGGGGGAGACGGAGGAGGGAUUGCAGCUGGCGAAGACCGGGUUUGCGCGGCAUCAGAAGGGGCUGGAGGCUGUUUGGGGAAAAGCGGCCUCCUUCUUGCGCCGUCGCCGACUCCAGGCCGAGCGAGCCAUGGAGGUGUCUAUGAAUGGGAAACGAAGAGUGAAGCGGCAGCGUGACGGGGCAGCGUGA